UAAUCAUGACUAAUGCAAGAAAGUUUUCGGAAGUUUUGGUUCAAAACAAGUGAAAUGGUUAAUCAGAAAUCUCCAUGGGACGGAUCUGUGACUGUCUGGUUUAGCAAUAAGUUUUUAUCAUAAAGUUUAAUGCGACAACGCGGAUAACAUAACCGAGGCAGUUAGCGCUCGAAGAUGCCGAGGUUGUGUUAACUGAUUGACUGGAUCCGCGCAGGCCAUCACUUUCAGGGUCCCACUUGACAAACAGUCGCGGCAUCGUUUGUGGAUGUAAUUCCCUUACGUCAGCUAGAGCCAUUCUCUUCCGGUGUUGUUUUGAUCGCGCUUUCACUGCUGCGUAAAACUGUAUUUUUAAGAUGACAGCCUUUACGGAGGGUGCAUUUAAGAGCAAGCUGAAGGAUCUGAACAAUACCCAGCAAAGCAUCCAGACGAUAUCCUUAUGGGCGAUACACCAUCGAAAGCACCACGCGAAAAUGGUGAACAUCUGGAUGGAUGAAGUGCGAGAAGCGAAAGAAGCCAGCCGAAAGUUGACGCUGUUGUACUUUGCUAACGAUGUCAUUCAGAACAUGCGAAAGAAGGGACCCGAAUUUCACGGCGAAUUUCGUAAUGCGCUGCCCGAAGCGGUGGAUUCCGCGGUUAAAACCGCUAAAGGCGAAGGGGACGAAAAGGUGGCAAAGAGUCUUUCUCGACUGGUCAGCGUUUGGCGUGAGCGAGCCAUCUUCGAUGAACCGUUUGUCAAGCGGCUGGAUGAGAUAAUUGCGGGAACUGCCAGCGCAUCGCCUCCUAAGCCAAUCGUUUCCGCUUCGAAAACCGUGAAUAUUAAUAACGAUCUCGCAUCGCCCACGCCGAUGACGAAAACGCCGUCCACCGAGCCCGCAUCCUUACCGAAGCGUAUCAAAAUUGAAGCCGAUUUCCAGGCCUUCGCGGUGAAGAAGAACGAACCACCACGCGCACCCGAACCUCUGGAUAGUGAUGAUGAGGAAUAUGAAGAAGUGAAAUUAACGGGCGAUGAGGAAACUCCAAAGCUGGAGACCUUAUUGAGAUUAAUUCAGAAACUUCAGAACGCCCCAUCCGCCAAUGCUGAUAUACGGUCUAAAAUUGCGGAACUCCCUGCGAUUAUUACCGAUCCGAACGCUAUCGACAAAUUGUCGGAUCGAGAAGAGGUGGAUCGUUUAGUCAGCGUCGCAAAAGACGGCUUGGAGAUGGUCAUUAAUUAUAACAAAGAUCUUAAUGCCGAACUCCAGGACAGGCAAGCUGUUGCUCUUGAAUUAGCGCGUCAGCUGGCAUUCCAUCGGAAAAUUAUUGAAGAAAAGGAAAAAAUUCGUGAAGAACUUGGAAUAGAAAUCUCUCGGAGACGAGUUUUUCGGGAUAAGUUGCAUAUACACGUGGAGAGUUUGCCGGAUAUGUCGUCGAUAUCAUCUUCUUCGUCCCGCUCAUCGAAUCUGUCAUUCCAUGGAGGAUUGUCGUCCAGUAGGACAUCUUCUGCAUCGAGUUCCAAGGCGUUUCCGCUAAAAAGCUCCUAUUUGACCUAGUAGUUUCUUUGUUAUUUUUAUAGCUUGAACUCGGAAUUUUACGGUAUAUGCCUAUUUGACGUUCGCUACGUUGCUUUGAUGGUAUGUAAGUAAUGUAACAGAAGAUAUUUUGUUUGACGCUGGCUUGUUUUUACCGUACUGUGGAAUUGGGUAUUGUAUGUAGCCUUCACCGGUUUGAUAGCUAUUUGCUAACGGUAGACUGUUGCGUUUUGCAUGCGGUAGUGGUAACAGGUAAAUAUACCGCUUGCUUGAUAAUGUUAAGGCAAAGUUUGGGCUGUUAUGAGAAGAUUGUAUAAUUGCUUGUUUGAUAAUCAAUCGCUAUCGUAAUGUAUG